UGUGCGCCACAGCGCAUGCCCUGUUCCGGGUCACGUGAUGCCUGUCAUGGCCGCCUCCGUAACCCGAGGCGGCGCAAAUGCCGGGUUCUUGCUCCGGGUGGCCAGGGGUCCCUGGUGGAGCCGAUCCGGGGGCUUUUGGGGAUCCGGGGAGGCGGCGGCGCCAGCGACAGCCAGGAAAUUCCGGGUGACAGGCUCGUGCUCAGCCGCGGAGGAAGAAGCCAGCGGCCCCGAGCGGCCUGGGGACGUGUGAGUGGGGGGCCCAAGUCCCCCAUUCCUCAUCCCACGAGGGUGAACGUGGUGUUCGUAGACCGGUCAGGCCAACGGAUUCCCGUGAGAGGCAGAGUCGGGGACAAUGUUCUCCACCUGGCCCAGCGCCAUGGGGUGGACCUGGAAGGGGCCUGUGAAGCUUCCCUGGCGUGCUCUACCUGCCACGUGUAUGUGAGUGAAGACCACCUGGACCUUCUGCCUUCUCCUGAUGAGAGGGAGGAUGACAUGCUGGACAUGGCCCCCCUUCUCCAGGAGAACUCCCGGCUGGGCUGCCAGAUCACGCUGACACCCGAGCUGGAAGGGGCUGAAUUCACCCUGCCCAAGAUCACCAGGAACUUCUAUGUGGACGGCCACGUCCCCAAGCCGCACUGACAUGGGCAGCUAGACCAUCCUAGACACCCAUGGACCCCUGGGCCAGGACUGGAGGAAAAGCCAAAGUUGCCGGCCCAGCCCAGAGCACGGGCAGGCCCGAGGGACAUGUUGGAAGCACCAAGGAGACCAAAUGCUUCAGAGAGAUCCCAUGUCCAGGCUCUGGUGGGAACAGGGCCCCUGCUGGGGCCGCGCCUCCAAGCCCCUAAGAAUCUGAGUGUGGAUGGGGUUGGAAUCUAAUUAGAGGGACAAUAAA